AUGUCAGACACACCACCACCUGAUGCGGCUCCUGUCAGUGGGAGAGAUAGAACACCAGAGCUAGUCAGUUCCCGUGAGAAACGUCGUCGUGAAGACGAAGAAGAUGAUCGUGACAAUCAACGUGAUAGGUCCAAUGCGAAUCGAUCAGGUCGAAGACAUCGUGACGAUGACGAAAGAGAUCGAGACCGAGACCGAGACCGAGAUCGAGAAAGAGAAAGAGAAAGAAGACAUCGACGACAUCGCGAGGACGAAACCGAAGAAGAACGUCGAGAGAGACAUCGACGAAGGGACGAAGAGACUGAAGAAGAAAGAAGGGAUAGACGUAGAAGGAGAGAAGAAGAGACAGAAGAAGAAAGAGAUGAACGUCAUAAAAGACGAAAAGACAGGGAGGUAAUGAUUGAUCACAAAAUAAGACGGGAAUCUAGAGAAAUCUCACUUGGUUCCACAAAUAGACAUUCACAUCAUCAACAACGUGAUAGAUCAAGAGAAUCUCAUGGUUCAUCGAGUCAUAGACCACCAAGAGACGAUGAUAGACCUUCUAUCAAAGAAAUGACAAGGGAAGAAAAAGAAGCUGAAAGAGAAAAGAGGGAUCAAGAAAUGGCAGAGGAAAAAAGAGAAGCUGCCAGAUUGAGAGAAGCCAAAUUUGCAGAGAUGGACAGAGAACGUGAGCUUGAAAGAAGAAGAUUGCGCGAUGAAGAAAGAGGUCCAAGAGACCGUUCACCUCCUCGAAGAAGAAGAGGCUCACCUUCUUACAGUUCACCUGCGCCUCCACCACCACGAGAUCCAGCCACUGCUUUGUUGGACGAGGUGGAAAGGGAACAAAGGUCCAUCUUUGUCUCGCAACUAUCGGCGAGAUUGACUUCACAUGAUUUAGGAAUGUUCUUCGAGGAUAAAUUGGGAAGAGGUGCUGUCAGAGAUGCUAGAAUCGUCACGGAUAAGGUGUCCAGGAGGUCCAAGGGUAUUGGGUAUGUCGAGCUGGAUGCGGUUGAACUUGUUCACAGGGCUCUGACACUCACCGGAACGAUCGUCUUGGGUCUGCCGAUCAAUAUCAUGCUUACCGAAUCUGAGCGAAACAGAGAGACGACCGCGUCUUCUGCUCCUGUUGUUGGCUCAGAUGGACAGGUGCGACCAGCAGUGACAUUCGGCCAAAACUUCCCACCUCUCUCCACUGGUCUUGCCGUACCUCCUGGUUUAGAUGUUGAUGCGCAUAAAGACGGUGCUAUUCCUUAUCACCGAUUGUUCAUCUCCAACCUUGCAUUCAGUCUUUCGUCAGACGACCUUCGACAAGUUUUCGAGCCAUUUGGAGAGAUCGAAUUUGUCGAUCUUCAUAUUGACUUUUCUGGUAUGAAAAAAGGAACUGCAUACGUUCAAUUCAAAGAUCUUCGAGCGGCGCAAAUGGCUCUUGAUGCGAUGGCUGGGUUUGAGCUUGCUGGUAGACCAAUCCGAGUGCAAACCGUUCAAGACCGAGCUUAUGUAGCUACUGAGCAAAUUGAGGAUAACGGAAACUACGGAACUAGACUCGAUGCCAAUCAACGUCAACAGCUCAUGUUUAAGCUUGCUAGGACCGAACCGAACGUCAACUUGGCCUUGUCUGCGCAUAAACCUAUUGCUAUACCCUCCAAAACUCCUCAAAUGAACCCCACACCAUUCGUCAUUGUCAGCAACAUGUUUAACCCUGAAGAGGAGACCGAACGAAAUUGGGAUCUCGAUCUCGCCGAAGAUGUCAAAGGCGAAGUCGAGUCUAAAUAUGGCAAAGUCAACCGGAUCAAAGUGGAGAAGAUGUCAGCGGGCGAAGUGUAUAUCGAAUUCGGCGAGAUUGAUGGCGCUACAUCCGCUAUAAAAGGGUUGAACGGAAGGUUCUUUGGUGGAAGACAAUUACAGGCUUCUUAUAUAUCUGAAACGUUAUUCAAAGCUCACUUGUAG